UCAAAUAGGAAUCCGCAGCAUCCAACAUAUUCUGACCUGUUGUGGUCUGAGGUCUUUGCUGCAGGAGAACUGCCCUGUGAUUCGUCUGCAGUCCAAAAAUGAGUGAAAAAUUAAGAGCCAGCAUUUUCCAAGGGGCGUGUAGAUGUACCGACCUGCCGCUGGAGUCUGAAAAGAUUGGGAACCACAAAUCUCAACAGGGCUCAGACCAACAGCUGUUACCAGGACAAGAGGAAAUGGCCCCAAAUCCUGCCAGGCCCGUGCUACACGCCUUGAUGCAGGAGGAGCCAUUGCUGCCAGUGACAUCUCCUGUGAAAACAAAAGUAGAAUGGAUGUCGCCUGAGAAAAUCCCAACUUUUACUGCAGCCAGACAGGCGACUCGGAGCCCCAAGGCCGUGUCCCCGGGGACUGCAGUGGCAUCCAAAGCAAAGCUCAGUCCCCGAUCUCCACGGCGCAUCAGGAAUGUCCUGGUGGCUCCUCUCCCAGAGGGGGAAAUCCUGACAGACCAGAACAACAAACAGUGGAAACUUGUGAAGCUUCUGAGCCAGGGCAACUGGGGGCUGAUAUAUGAAGCACAGUCAGCAUCUGGAGCCUGUCCUCAAAAGCAAAGAUACUCUCUCAAACUUGAUGCCAAAAAUGGGAAGAUCUACAAUGAGCAGAACUUCUUACAGCGAGCUGCCAAGAAAGCCACAGUGGAUAAGUGGAAGAAGAUGCAUUUGGUGCCUUUGCUGGGAAUUCCAAACUGCAUUGGCUUUGGAUUCCAUGCAAGUAGCUACAGGUUUCUGGUGUUCCCAGAUUUAGGGCGAACCCUUCAGUCCAUCCUUGACGAUGGCACAGACCUGACAGAGAAAGCAGUUUUCCAGGUUGCAGUACGGCUGCUAGACUGCCUGGAGUACAUCCAUGAGAACGAGUAUGUGCAUGGAGACCUCGCUGCUGAGAACAUCUUUGUGAACCCAGUGGACCUCACACAGAAACCAGAGGGGAAAAGAACAUGGGAUGCCCUGGAAGUCUCACUGGCUCCCACUGGAGAUCUCCCUGAAGAAGGGGUCACUCUGGCAGGCUACUGCUUCGCUUUUCGAUACUGCCCGGAGGGAAAGCAUGUGGCUCACCAUGAAGGCAGCAGGACUCCUCACGAGGGCACCAUUGAGUUCAUCAGCCUGGAUAGCCACAAAGGAGUUGCUCCAUCUCGCCGGAGUGACCUGGAGUCUCUGGGCUACUGCUUGCUGAAGUGGCUCUGCGGCUUCCUGCCCUGGUCUAAUGAGCUGGCCAAUGUUCAAGCUGUGAUGGAACAGAAAAAGAGGCACAGAAUGGAUGUGACUGGCCUCCUGAGACUGUGCUAUGUCCGGAAAACAAUUCCAGGUGCCCUACAGAGCUACCUGCAGCAAGCAAUGGCUUUAGAGUACGAGGAGAAGCCAGACUACGAGGCUCUGCGAGAGAUCUGGAGAAAACCAUUGGAGAGGAUGAGAGCUUCAGCCUAUGACUCAGUGGAUAUCAACAUGGUGCCCUAGAUUUGAGGAAACUUGACUGAGACUGAAAAUGUAGGCCUGUUGGAAGGGAUGCACCCUCCCACCCCCCCCCCCCCCGCCCAAGCUGUGCAGCCAGCUCUCACUGUGCCAUUACAUUUUGUUCUAGAAUUGUGACUUUUAUAGAUUGUUCUUAGAGAUUUUACCGUAAGUUAAAAGCUGAAAUUUGAGCCAGCACUGUUCCUUUAUGAGCUUCAACUAAUGUGAAGACCCACUCCUUCAUGGCAGAUGGCUACCCAGCCAUUUGGAACUACUGAGGCACCCGUGCACAGUGCCAUGGAGACAAGGGCUGAACCUGGUGAAGGGGAAGAAAUUGGGAAUUUUAAACAUUUGUAUCUUCCUAGAAAAGUUUUCUAAUAAACUUGUUUCAGAUGGA